UCUACCACCCGCCUUCUAACACCUUCAGUUGGCAAACUCCAGAGUCUGCCACCUCCUGUUGAGCUGCGCCUCAGAGGUGGUGACUCUGGACAGGCAUCCUCCUCCACAAUAAUCAGCCUGCCUGCGUGUGGUCUGCCAGACAGUGCUCCGAGAAGUCCCAGGUGCCUUGGACAGCAGUAGAAACAACCUAAGCAAUGGCGUCCAUCCGGAAGAAACUGGUGAUCGUGGGAGAUGGAGCUUGUGGAAAGACAUGCUUGCUCAUCGUCUUCAGCAAGGACCAAUUUCCUGAGGUUUACGUUCCCACAGUGUUUGAGAACUAUGUGGCUGAUAUCGAAGUUGAUGGGAAACAGGUGGAGUUGGCCCUGUGGGACACAGCUGGACAAGAAGAUUAUGAUCGCCUGAGACCCCUCUCCUAUCCGGACACUGAUGUCCUCCUGUUGUGUUUCUCCAUUGGCAACCCUGAUAGCUUUGGAAACAUCCCACAGAAAUGGACUCCAGAAAUCAAGCAUUUCUGUCCCAACGUGCCCAUCAUCCUGGUUGGGAGCAAGAAGGAUCUUAGGAAUGACAAAAACACAAGACUAGAGUUAGCCAAGAGGAAGCAGGAGCCAGUAAAACUUGAACAAGGCAGAGAUUUGGCGAACAGCAUUGGCGCUUUUGGGUACGUGGAGUGUUCUGCAAAGACCAAAGAUGGAGUGAGGAUAGUAUUUGAAAUGGCCACAAGGGCUGCUCUGCAAACGAAUCGCGGGAAGAAAAAGCCUGCGUGUUUCAUCUUGUGAAGCCUUAGUGCAAGCACAGCCCUGGUGCAGUUAAUUUUCAAGUGCUAUUUCGUGAUCUUAUUGUGUAGUUGCUAACCUUCUGUUUACGUAUAUGUCCGAGACUAAAAAUCAUAAGUCAUCUUGCUACCAGUGCUUAGAAGGCAACCAUGAUUACUAAUGAUGUCCAAUCUGCCUGACCUGCCAGGAUCCUAACUCUAACAGACCUGAAACAUCGGGCACUAGUUGAAGAAUGUAUCAUUUCUAGAAAAAGAAAUGGUAGCUUUAUUAUUAGACUGUAAGUACUUUCUGACAUGGCCAACCUAUCAUUUGUCUGCUGCGAAGAAUUCUGAGUCACCAGACUUUACUCCACAACAACUUUGAUUGCCAUCUUUAUUUUUGAUGAAACGUUUCCCCAUGCAGCUGUGGUAGAGUAGGCGAUCUGUGAUUUCUUGCUAGUUACUUUAUAGUUGCUAUGUAGUUAGUGCACCUUGAUGGAUGUUACCAGGAAUAAGAACAUCUACCCCAGACUAGAUGUAGCAUUUUUGGUAUAAUUGGAUUCCCCAAUACCAGUAUCUGCCAUUUCCACAGCAAGUGGUUGAAAGAAAGAAUUUGGAAAUAAAGUCAUAUGGAAAAUUAA